GUUAGUAGGAUGGUGGUCAGAAGUCUCCGCCGCACGACCACAGUUUUUGGACACGCCCAUCAGUUCUCUCACACCGCCUUCGGCAGAAGGAUGCACACAUUGAUCGCAAGUCACGCAUUGCAUACCACUAUCUAUAGUCACGAGCACUCCGUUCGAAGCCUUUAGACCGCCGCUGCUGGCGGCGGCGGUGCAGAGUUGGAGAUGGGCCGCCGUCCGAAUCAGCUGGUUUCAGACUACUUCGUUCGUGGCAAAAAGCUUGAAGACGCAAGCAAUAGAUACGAGCACAAUUGCAGGAAGUGCGGUCAACUAAUUGAGAAGGGCCGCAUCGAUGCUCUGGUAGGCCACCUGCUACGACGUUGUCCGAACCUUGCACAGGCCGAUCAUGCAGCCAUCCUUCACCAUCUGCAUAGAGACCCUUCAGCGCCCUCGAAGCAGAAGAUAGGCACGACGGGCCCUCCGGCUAGCAAGGCUUCAGUGUUCGCACCAUCCGUACCAUUCUCUGUUUCCUUCACAGAUUUUGCUAUGACAGAUGAGGUCAAAGAUGCUUUCCCGCACCUGAACCAGUAUUCCGCCCUCAACACCCUUGCAGAGGUCUCCGGUCAGCAUCUCAACUACACAGCCCAGCUGCCUCUCCAGGCGUUUGAGCAACGCCAAGCGGACGAUGCGCCUACAACUGCCGAGCAGGCUUUUGUGCUACAGCUGCAAAAUGUAGCUGAGCCGGUAGCCACAUCGUGCGACCUGGUUGAAGACGCGCGAGCGGGGCCGGCAACGGCGAUAUCAGAUGCUACUUCCGCGCGAAGCGCUUUCUAUCAGUCGGACUCGCCAGCCGUCGGCGCUCAAGCUGGAGACACAUACAUCGACCCGCAGCUGCGACAUACUGAUAAUCAGCUUCUUGACUUCAACAGCAAUGAUGAUCUGCUCGCUGCAGACGACACCAUGACCUGGAGACCGUUAUCACCAAAGGGGCAUCUAGUGCUUGACGGUUCUGCUGCACCGGAAGACAAGCUGUCGGCCGGGUUCGGUCUGCUCCGUAAGCGGCACGUGCCAAAGGCUCGCGGUCAUUUUACGGAUAGCCGACGAAAGGAGGUCCAAGAGGUUCGUAAACGAGGAGCCUGCAUACGCUGUCGGAUGCUGAAGAAACCAUGCUCGGAAGGCACGCCUUGCAACACGUGCGCUCAUGUGCAGUCCGCUCGACUGUGGAAAGGGAAGUGCUUACGCACAAAGCUCGCCGACGAGAUGGGCUUGUGGUCAGCAAAGCUCUUUACGCUCACUGCGAGAGCUGAGGUGUCAGCAGCAGUCCGGGGUCUCAAAAAGCACGCUGGCUACGGUCAGAUCGAGGCGCGCUUCACCACUGUCAGCGACCUGUCUAUGCGCCUUGCCAUCAAGCAGUACAGUAGCGUAUCAUACUUCGACGACACGAAGGCCUUGAACGUAAACCUUGUGGGCGAAGAAGUGCUUCCCACGAUCUGGGUAGUCGAUGAAACCGAAGGCUUCGCGGAGAAGAUCGGUCAGUAUGUUGCCAGACUGGCUGAAGCUGAUUUGAUCGGCUGUGAUACGUCUGCUUUGAUGAAGACAACCAUUCGGCACGCACAGUCAAUCAUAAGUGAUGAGCACGCUAACUUUGUCAACGAUCCCAAUCCCAAAACCUCGUCUGGCCGCUCAUGUUACAAUCUGCAAAGUCAGUUGCUGAGAGAUACUAUCGAGCUUUCCGCAGCAACGAUCCUACUCUCAGGCGCGUCAGGGUCGUCGCUGAUCCUUCGGUACGAACCGGUGGACGCAUCAUCUGACGACCCAUCGCGUACCGCUCUAGCACCAACUGACUCGUUGGCGAUUCGUCCCCUGCGACCCGGCUCACGCACCCACCGUCUGAUCGAAGCCCAGAUCUUAGCAGUUGUAGAGUCACGCUGCGCUGUCCUUGCGAAAGGCAUUAUCAAUGAAUUGGAACGUCGCCUGAUGCAACGCCAGCAGGUGUCCCGCUUCGCGACCUUCGUCUCCGCUAUCAUGCUGCUCGCUUCUGUGGAGCGCAUGACGGGCUUGUACCGCAGGUUCAGCACAGACGGAAAGGAUCCAACGAGACCUGCAGAUCCGGACUGGGCCCUUUACAAUCAUCCAGGCAGCAUGUGGCCUCAAGGGGAGCGUUUCUCAGAGCUACUUACAACGCUCCUACGAAUGCGCGCGCUGCUACCGCCAACAGCGCGGGCAGGCGACGGCACACUUAAGUUCGACAUGGACCACCAGAAUCCUGCGCAGUCAGAUGGGGCCUGGCCACAUAGUGAGAAGGACGAGCAGCUGAAGAUGGCUGCUGCCUGGCUCGAUGAUGCCAGGCUCAUGGUUGGUGGACUGGAAGCGAGACGCGAUGCUGGUAUUCCCGGACCUGAGGCGUGUCCAAGUGAUUGGGACUUGAGAUUUCUGUCAAGACUGUUACUGCCUGAAUAGCGAUUGUGCUGGUUGAAACGCGUGUGUUUGCUCGCUUCGGCGGACAAGGUCGGUAAUGAUUACCUUACAUGCAAUUAGCGAUGGCGUUGGCGGCAGGCUCAUAGCAACCACUUGAUGUAUAUAAUGUACGGUACGACAGAUCAGGGGAACAAGAAGCGGUGGAGCCGUAGUCUAGAUUCUAUUGCGAGCGUCGUACACUCAGCCUGAAGCACUU